AUGACAAUAUCAUUGGAAUCUGACCUUAUAAAUCAAGCAAAAAUCAGCUAUCUCAUUGCCACAAAGCAUAUAGAUACGUUAACAUUAACAGGAGAUGAUAUUAAAGCAUUAAACCAAUUCAAUUAUUUUAAAAACGUUAAAUAUUUUAUUCUCGAUGCAGGCGGUGUUAAAGAUUUACCAGCAAACCUUUUCCAAAAUUCGCCAAAUAUAAGAAAGGUAGUACUCCAUAAUAAAGUUACAGCAAUUGGAGAAAGUUGUUUCAUGGAUUCAAGUUUAUCAGAAAUAAAUCUCGAUGAUGUCCAAACAAUAGGUCUCAACGCUUUCGCCAAAUGCUAUAACUUAAAGGAAAUUCGAUUAUUGAAAUUGCAAUCAGUAGAUAAUUACGCUUUUACAAAUUCAUCUGUAUCUUCCAUAGUUAUAGGUGAUGAUCUAACUGAGAUCGGAAAUUACUUCGCUUCUAACUGCUUUUUUCUAAAAUCUGUUACAAUAGGUAAAAAUGUCCAAAAAAUAGGCGACGGAGCAUUUAACUCUUGUUCUAACCUGACAGAUUUUCCAUUUUCUACAAUUACUACUAUAGGAAACUUCGCAUUCCAAAGAACGAGUCUUAUAAGUCUCGAAUUAACUAAUAAAGUUACUAUUGUUGGCCAAUACGCCUUUGCUUUCUCAAAAUUAACCUCAGUAACAUUUGCUAAUGAAGAUACUCCUUGCACAUUAGGCAAAUAUUGCUUCUACAGAUGCCAAUACUUAACAUCUGUUUCAAUUUCAUCGAAUUACAAGCUAAGUGACCAUCUCUUUGAAGAGUGUAUGAAACUAGAAUCCAUAGCAAUCAAUCAUUCUCAGGUUCCGCAGUACUUUGCCACAGGAUGUUUCGCAUUAAAAACGUUUACCUCACAAAACCUUGUUAGAGUUAGAAGAUAUGGAUUCUAUAUGUGCGAAAGCCUCACAACAAUUGACCUUUCAAACAUGAUUCAGAUAGAAAUUUAUGCUUUUGCUUAUUGUACAAAUUUAACGAUUACAGAAUGGCCACAACAGUCACAAGCUCUAUUUUAUCUAUACCCAUCAGCAUUUAUGUACUGUCCCAAGAUCAAAAUCUCUUAUAUCCCAGAUUUUUACAGUUUAUCAAACGGAGUUUUUCAAGGAUGCACAGGUAUUGAAGAGAUAAAAGUGAAAAACUCAGCACUUCCUGGUGCCAUAUUCCAAGGGUGCACAAAUCUCAGGAAAGUAGUUUUAAGAAAUAUGAGUGUCAUAUCAGGCUCAGCAUUUGCUUGCUGUCCUAAUCUUGUAUCAGUAACAAUAGAUGAAUCCGUAAAUGUUAUAUUCGGAUCCGCGUUCGCAUCGUCAGGACCGAUCGAAAUGUUAGAUUUGAGUAAUAUGGAUCAGGUUUUUCAUUUAGCUUUCAAGAAUUCAGGUGUUAAAGCUCUUAAGUUCUAUAAAAAACCUAAUCUUGUAGGAACACCUUUCGAUUCUUGUCCCAAUCUCGAGAAAAUUAUACUCGGCCCUUCUUGGAAUUCAUUCGAGCCUCUCAAAUUUUUCAAUUGUACUAACCUCACAAAUAUUGAAUUAAUUGAUAACACAAAUUUAACGGUUGUUGACGGUAUUCUAUACAAUUUUGAUAUGUCUGUUUUAUAUUAUUAUUUUAGUGCAUCUCAUAGAGAAGAAUUUUCAAUCCAAUCAUCAGUUGUAAAUAUUCAGAGCUAUGCAUUUUGUAAUGCUCUCAAUAUUGACAAACUGAUAAUAUCCAAUUUCGCUUAUUUUUCCGAGCGAGCUUUCUAUAAUUGCACAUGUAUUCAAGAACUAGAGUAUAAUAUCAAGACAAAACCAGAUUAUAAUGCAAAGACAAUGGCUGGAAUCAAGUUUGAACCCAGUUUAAGCGAUAUGAUGUUCAUGAACUGCAUGAAUCUUAAGACUGUUAACGUUAUGACUGAGGUUUUAUCGAUUGGAGCAAAUUGUUUUGCAAAUUGCCAAAAUCUAGAAACAGUAACUUUACCAACUAUAUGCGCUAGUUGCGGAGAUGGCGCAUUCUGUAACUGUACUUCGCUAACAGAGAUGGAUUUCAGUCAUAUGUGUCACAUUCCUGCCAAUUGCUUCCAAGGAUGCACAAAACUUAGUGAUGUAAGCUUAUCGAAGACAGUUUCUGAUAUUGGAGCAAGCGCUUUUGAAGCAACAGCAAUUACCGAAAUUGAAAUUCCGAAUUCGGUCAUUGAUUUAGGUUACUCUUGCUUCAGAAACUGCAUGAAAUUAAAAACAGUCACUCUUGGUCUUGGAUUGACCUCAAUUCCAGGAGAUGACGGAAAUGGAAACUUAGUAGGAUGGUUCUUUGGAUCAUCCAUAGAGAUUUUAGUUAUUCCUAACAAUAUCAUUGAAAUUUCACCUUUUGCAUUCAUCAAUUGCAAGAAUAUUCGUAUCAGAUUUGUUGAUAAAGAGCAUCCACUGUUUGUUAUCCAAGAUCAAGCCUUAAUUGACAAGACAAGUGGUACAUUGAUCACAACAAUCGGAACUCUACCUCAAGUUUAUCGAAUUCCUGAAACUGUUUCGAUUCUUGGUCCAUUUUCGAUCAAUCCAUACAUAGAGAAUGUCAACCUAUCAGGAAUAAAGGUUUUUGACAAGGGAUUUGGCUCACCAAUCAUUGAAAUUCCUGGUAGUGUCAAAACCAUCAAUAAAGACUCUUUCACUCUUAAUACAUACAUGUAUACACUUUGUUAUGAAGGUGAAUACGGUCAAUCAGCUACUUUGUCCAAUAAUUUUCUUGUUAAUUCCAUUGUCACAACAAAAUACGGUAAUCAAAAGUUAUUUGACGCAUUUCCAGAAGUAAGAAGUUGCGAUGAAGAAAUUCCCAAGCAGUUUAAAUACAGAUUUAUCUUGGGAUGGACACCAGCAGAAAUUGCCUUGUUAACUGUUUCAAUUAUCUUUCUUGUGGCUAUAAUUAGUAUUGGUAUUACAGUGCUUGUACUUACCUGCAAGAAGAAUCGCUGUAAGACUGAAGCUAUGCCAUAA